UACUCAAAUAGUUACAGUACUUCCUGUUACCAAAUAUUAGAGGUUACUUUGUUCAUUAAAUAUCCCCUAUGUAAAAGUUGUGAUAGUUAGAAAACCCUUUCAGUGCAGAUUUCUAUGUAGUAAAAGCGAAAAUAAUGAUUGAAAGCAAUUGUUAUUCAGUGUCAUAUAAGCAAGUGCUACUAGUCUACGAAACAGACACAACUGUGAUCGACUUCCCUGCAGGCCGGGAUAACAGUUUGGUGCUGACGUAUCAUGAGACAGCCGAAGAAAUGAGCCACAACAUUGGUGGGAUGGCGCCCUUCUUGAGCAUGCCGAGGGGGCGUAACCAGAUGUACUACAAUCAGUGUCCAGGCGGUGAACCCCCUCCCCCGCACAUGCAGAGGGGAGUCUGUUUCCCAGACGAUAAAAUGAAUUGCGGGAUGGGAAUGGCUGAGUUCAAGCCACCGAUGAUGUCCAACCCUGAACCUCCUCCACCCAAGAAGAAGCGACGACAGUCCAACAACCAACAGAUGAACCAGAACCCACCCCCUGUCAUGCAGGACCUUCUGCCACCUCCCUUAACAGGAUACGGAGACACGAUAGUUGCAUCUAAUCCAUUUGAUGACACGCCACCACAACAGCAGGUGAUGUCCAUGAACCACAUGGGCGGCCGACACAUGCCGUGCAGCCCACACAUGAUGCACAUGCCACCCGGUCCGUGUCAAAUGGCAGGCAGCCCCAUGAACUGUGGACCUCCCAUGGGCAGCCCGAUGGGUCCCAUGAACUGCGGGCCCAUGAACAACUGUGGGCCGAUGAACUGCGGGCCCGGCAUGGGCAGCCCCCUGGGUCCUCAGAGGAGUCCGAUGGUUUGUAACUCCGGAGGAGGCAUGAUGAGCUGCGGCCCACCUCAGAGCAGUCCUAUGAACCACCCCAUGAACAGGAGUCCGUCCGUCGGCAGUCCACUUGGACCUGUCAUGAAUGCCAUGGGACAGUCGUCAGGAAGUCCUCUGGAAUGCAGUAAAGGGAGUCCGAUGCAAGGCCACCAUGGGAUGAGUUGCAAUUCACCGAUGGGGAGUCCGAUAGCUAAUGGUCCAAUGGGAGGUGGGAGUUGUGUGGGGCCCCCUAUCUCCAGCCCCAUGGGGAUGGGGGACAUGGGUGGGGGAGUGAUGAAUAGGAGUCCUAUGAAUGGACCUAUGGGAAGUCCCAUGUGCGGUAUGGGUGGUCCGUCACCUCACAUGAGUGGUCCCAACUCGAUGGGUGGUCCUUCUCCUCAUAUGGGUGGUCCUUCUCCUCAUAUGGGUGGUCCUUCACCUCAUAUGGGUGGUCCCUCCCCUCAUAUGGGUGGUCCUCCCUCCCAUAUGAGUGGUCCCCCCUCCCAUAUGAGUGGUCCUCCCUCCCAUAUGGGCGGUCCUCCCUCUCAUAUGAGCGGCCCUCCCUCUCAUAUGAGUGGUCCUCCCUCCCAUAUGGGUGGUCCGCCCUCUCAUAUGGGUGGCCCUCCCUCCCAUAUGAGUGGUCCUCCUUCUCAUAUGGGUGGUCCGCCUUCACAUAUGAGUGGACACUCACCCAUGGGUGGACCCUCUCCCCACCAGAUGGGUGGACAGUCGCCGCACCACAUGAACACGAACAUACCCACCAGUGACUGCAUGACGGGAAUGAACAAUGUGAAUGUGAACGUGAACAGUGUGAACAUGAUGGGUAAAGGUAUGAACAAUGGGCCACCACCCCCAGUGAGUGUGAAUUCGGGAAUGGGGGGUGGCGGGGGUCCCCCACUCAACACCAAUGGACCGCUCAGAGGCCAGAUGAUGAAUCACCAUCCAGGGAACAUGAUGCCUGGCAUGCACCCGAUGGGUAUGGGUCAUCCACACGGCUAUCAGGGACCGAAGCCUAUGCCUGUCUCUGCUGGAAAGGUAUACCCAGUGGACCAGCCUAUGGUGUUCAAUCCCCAGAAUCCCAACGCUCCCCCCAUCUACCCUUGCGGCAUCUGCCACAAAGAAGUUCACGACAACGACCAGGCCAUCCUCUGCGAAUCUGGCUGCAACUUCUGGUUUCACAGGGUGUGUACGGGUCUGAUAGAGGCCGCGUACCAGCUGUUGACCCAGGAGGUGUACGCCGAGUGGGUCUGCGACAAGUGUCUUCAGUCGAAAAACAUCCCUCUGGUCAAAUUCAAGCCUUAACACUGCGUCAACGCUCAUGCUCGCGCUCUGCUCAUUCUCAGAUGUUAUUUAUUUUUUGUAAGGACAGCCCCUUGUUAAUAAAGUCCGCGGCCCCCUUGUACAGCUGGUUUGUACGUUGAUUUUGAACUUCCUUGUACGAGGAUAGCGUGUUAGAUUUUUACGUAUCAGUUGAUAAAACGUGUACAGAAAUUGAAAGCAAUACGACUGUGGUGCUUUGUCGAAUACUAGUUAUUAGGUUUUAGUUUUAGCCGGCCCGACUGACGGAACGGUUUUGUUACGGUUGCGCGCU